GGCAAACUGGCAAAGCACAGAGAGAGAGAGAGAGAGAGAAAAGGACACAAAAAAAAGACCAAAAGAAGAAGAAUAGCAAAAAUACUAUUUUGCUGAUAUUCACUCACAGCCAAACAAGUCCUCAGCCAUUGUGAACUGUGAACAGACAAACUAAACCGCUGCUGAGGUAUCUCUCUCAUUAGGAAUAGAAGCUUCGCCGGGGUGGGGUCGGCGGUGAGCUCAGCUGUUUGCACCUUGGCGGUUAUCAGUAACUUUCCAGUUACGCUGAUGGAAAUCAAUGGUAAUGCAGUAUUGAGUAGUUACAAUGUGUAUUAGUGGUGGAUGUUUAUUGUUGUCGGGAGCUUAUAAAGUGGACUGAAAACCAAGAUAUUUUUUUAUCUCGCGCGAUCGGAAGAGACCGUUAAAAAUGUCGACGUGGGAACAUUUUGGUGAAAUUGCAAAUGGUGCCCAGCUAGCGGGGGUUGAUGCAGUCAAGCUGAUUGGGAUGAUUGUGCAGGCAGCUAAUACUGCUCGAAUGCACAAGAAAAAUUGCAGGCAGUUUGCUCUGCAUCUGAAGCUGAUAGGAAAUUUGUUGGAGCAGCUUAGAAUAUCUGAGCUCAAGAAGUAUCCUGAAACACGAGAGCCUCUAGAACAGCUUGAGGAUGCGUUAAGAAGAGCCUAUAUUUUGGUAAAUAGUUGUCAGGACCGGAGCUACUUGUAUCUAUUGGCAAUGGGGUGGAACAUUGUGUACCAAUUCAGGAAGGCUCAAACUGAGAUUGACAGAUAUUUGAAGAUCAUCCCUCUCAUCACCCUCGUUGAUAAUGCCCGAGUUAGGGAAAGGUUGGAAUUGAUUGACAGGGAUCAACGCGAGUACACAUUGGACGAUGAGGAUAAGAAAGUUCAAGACGUGAUAAUGAAACGAGAUCCUUCUGUGAAAGACACUGUCAUAUUGAAGAAGACCCUUUCGUGUUCCUAUCCGAAUUUGCCCUUUAAUGAGGCAAUUAAGCAAGAAAGUGAAAAGCUUCAACUAGAACUUCAACGUUCACAAGCCAAUUAUGAUGUCAGCCAGUGUGAAGUAAUUCAGCAUCUUCUUGAGGUUACUGAGGUUGUUGCUUCAAACACUACGUCAGACAAGAGUUCUCCCAAGAAAACUUCGAAGGGAGUGGACCAUAGCUACUCCGACCUCAAUGACGGGACUAAACAUUAUGGUGAAACAUAUACUAAGGGUGUCGACAAACAAACACCAUCAAGAACUACUUCAUCAGUUUCAUCCAAACAUGAGUUGCUUUCUUCUAAAGGAUCACAUCAUGAUGAAGAAUGGCACUCAGAUUUGCUUGGCUGCUGCUCAGAACCUCUUCUCUGCUUUAAGACCCUCUGUUUUCCUUGUGGGACAUUGUCAAGAAUUGCUUCUGUGGCAGCUAGCAGGCAUAUAUCUUCAGCAGAGACCUGCAAUGAAAUAAUGGCUUACUCCUUAAUAUUGUCCUGCUGUUGCUAUACCUGUUGCAUCAGAAGAAAGCUGCGGAAAACACUCAACAUCGCUGGAGGCUGCUUUGAUGAUUUUCUUUCACACUUAAUGUGCUGUUGCUGUGCCCUUGUCCAAGAAUAUAGAGAAGUGGAGCUUCGUGGUCUUCAUGGUAAGUUUUAUUUAUGAUUACGUCUUUUGAAGUUUAGUUUUUAUAUCCAAUUGAGCCCUCAGUUCUCAUUUUGCAAUUAUAUCCCUUUAAGAUCGAACUACUCUUUUUAUGUAUGUGAUGUUAUUCUCAUCCAUCUCCUUUGACGAGAUACAGUAUUCGCAUAAAAAAAUGUGCAGGUUCUGAGAAGACCAAAACAAGCCCUCCAACAUUCCAGUACAUGGAAUCAUAGAGCUUUGGACCGGAGGAUUAUGAUAGGUGGCUAGAGAGUUGAACAUAUUGAAGUUUUUAUAUAGGAUUAUAGAUUCAAUUUGUUGCAUACAUACCGACAGGAGUUUGGAUUCAUUUAGCCUGAGCUGCCUUUGUUGGAUCUAUUGACUGACUGCCUUUUCUGCUGUAAUUAAAUUUCGGACCUUUUCCUGUGGUUUGUACUAUGUGUAUAUUACUAGCCAUUAAUUUUUACAGCACUGAUUUCAUUUCUACUUGAUCCUUUUAUCAAACACUAAAGAGCAGGAAAUUCGUUGAG